GGAGGAAGAGGAGGAGGAGAAAGUUUAGAAUGGGAGGCCAGAGCAGUCUUAAGAUGCAGUCCGAUGAGAAUGAAAGCGGAGUAGGGGAUGUGCGCCCGUUGUGGCUAGAUCAGCGCAUGUGUUUGGGGCCACCGGACACACUUCGGACCAUGACCUUGGACAGCAAAGUCAUGAGGGAGACGGGCGCCGGGGAAGAUGUGAACGACGCAGCUUUCUCACGGAUAAAUACGCGCACUCCCGAUUGUGAGCAAAGCGCUUCAUCCUUCUCUGAAGUGCGGGAGGAGGCACACUUUGCGCUCCGACUGCACGAGGGUCCUGAGAGGGUGGCCUUCUCGGUGAAGCCUCCGUACUCCUACAUCGCUCUCAUCACCAUGGCGAUCCUCCAGAGCCCGAAGAAGAGACUCACACUCAGCGAGAUCUGCGACUUCAUGAGCCAGCGCUUCGCGUACUAUCGGGAGAAGUUCCCGGCAUGGCAGAACUCCAUCCGUCACAACUUGUCCCUGAACGACUGCUUUAUCAAAAUGCCCCGGGAGCCCGGGAAUCCCGGCAAGGGCAACUAUUGGACCCUGGAUCCGAUGUCAGCCGGCAUGUUUGAAAACGGGAGUUUUCUUCGCCGGCGGAAACGCUUCAAGCGGCCACAUUUCUUUUUGAAGGACUUGAGGGCGAAGGAGCGCGGCCCAGUGCCGGUGUUCCCUCUCCUCGGAGCGCAAAGGAUGAGCUUCUUCCCCUCCCAGGGGCCCGGUUUGUACCACGAUCUGGGAUUAAGGAGUCGAUUAAACUCGCACGGCAGUCCCGCCAUCCCACCUGCAAGCAGCAUCAUACCGGCCCUCAGCGAGCUCCUCUUGGAGAACGUCCCCUCGUGGCUCUCCUUUGAGCACUGCGGCCCGGGACGCUGCGCCGCCGCGGGCCCCUCUCUGCCCCCGAGCUGCUCGCAUGUGUCUCCGGUGUCGCUGCACAGAAUGGUUCCCAGAUACCCCGUUUCUCAGCUGUCCACUUCCCCCACUGGGAUCAUAAAAGUGUCGUCUAAUUUAUUUAUGUAACUGUCUUCUUGCCUGCAGUCUGAGAAUAAACCUACAUUAUGUACAAAUCAAAUGGGAUUUUUUUUAAAUGAUGUGAUGGUGAAGCGUGCAAACAGGCCACCAAAUGUAUAUAUGUUUCUGAAUGUAUUGUACAGUUUUAAAAUAUGUUUGAAAAAAAACGUGAUUAAAUUGUUAGUUUGUGGAAUGAAAAAGUAAAA